AUGCUGUCCACUCUGCAGCCAUCACACCCUUCGAUGACGCCGUCGUACUCGCAAUCAUCUGCCAUGUCCAGUAUGACUGCACAGCUGCCUAUAAUACCCCCGCGCCAGGCCCCGCCACGGCCCAAACUCUCCAUCAACACUGAGCAACCACGCAUUCUGGGCAAAGGAGCCAGUCUUCGUCUCGAGACUCUCAGUGCAGUAUCGCCAACCGUCCGCAACACCUUUUCCAACGCCUAUGAACGCCCAGCCACUGCCCCCGCCCUCCAACGCCCGCAGAGACCCCAGCUCUCGAUUGAGAGUGACCAACCCGCCUUCACCAGCGCCUCUAUCAGUGCAUCCACACCGAGCUCAGCAUCCACCCUCUCAUCGACACUCACAUCCGCCUCCAACGACUCGGCCACCAUCUCAAUACCCUACAAGCAGCCCCACAACCUCGCCUCAAUCCUCUCCAACAGCCCCGCCCGCUCAAUAAUACCACGCAAGAUGGCCUCGAACCGGCCCAUGUUCCCCGCUGAGAAGCGCGUCUCCUUCCGCACACCACUGGAAGAGGAAAUCACAACCACCAAAUACACCCUCGCCCAUUCCGACCUCGACUCGUCCAGCUCAACUCUCUCCUCCCUCACAUCCACCACGUCCAACUCAACUACAACAAGCGACUCUGACGCUUCAGCCUCAUCCACAGCCUCAAAACCAACUUUGAGUCUAAAGGCUAGCACGAUUUCCAACACCAGCAUAUCGCCUCUUCAACUCUCCCUCAAGUCUCUCAACAGUUCAUCGUCUGCCGAGAACUCACCGCGACCCAAAUCCCCCCGCACAGGCGAGAAGAGGGAUUCCUCGUCUUCAGAAGACGACAGCGAUUCUGCUCCCGAAACACCCGUCGCUGGACGACGGAAGCGGACGAGGGACUGGCGGUGGACGCUUGGUCCGCUGCCAUCUGACAACAAAUCGUCGCUAUCGUCUGUGAGCGACGCCACGAUUAGUGAGGAUAGUAGUUGA